ACAAACAUAUACUGUGAAAACGAAAGGUCGGAAGCAAAACACAGAAAGUCUGUGUUUUGAAACAAAAUUGUGUAUCCUUUUCUCUGCUCGCCGUCAAUUUCAUAUGAGAGAGCAGAUAGUGUGAAAAAAAAUGUUAUCGUUUCGAUUGCCAGCAACGUCGAUUGGUCGUCAAUUAAUCCGAUCAAUAACACGAAAUGUAUCGCAAUCAACAACGUCCAAUUCAAUCGUUCAUCAAGUUUAUCCAUUUCCAAAUAUCAAAAUCACAUCAAAUUAUCACUUAAAUAUCAAACCAUACGAUGUAUUGGACUGUCCGGAUGGUAAUCGAUUACGAAUUUCACUAAAAUCAAAAGAUAUCAGUAAAAUAUCAUCAAAAGUGGCUGGUUUUUUGGCCAGUUUUGAUGCAACCGUAAAAAUUGAUGAGCAUAACAUUGUAAUCGAUACGGUUGAUGAUUUGGGCACACAAGUAAAUGCGGACGAGUUGGCGAACGCGGUUGUUUGUUUAAUUGAAGUGCCCAUUAAAUCGAAUUUAAAAGUGGCCAGCAAGCGCGAUGUCAACAUUGAAAACAUGUACAGCGAUGAUAUCAAUGUGAUAACCAACGACGGUGAUGUUACAACCAAAAAUAUUCAUUCGAUCCAUUUAAAUUUGAUCGCACAGAACGGCAAUAUCCAAUGUGAAGGCACUACAGUAUCACAAAAAACUGACAUUCGAAGCUAUGGCAAAAAGAAUAUCCAUUUGAAUCAAGUGUUGGGCGAUUCGUUGACGGCAAUCAGUGAAAAUGGAAUCAUAUCGACCAAUUCAUGUUAUGCGGAAAAUUCGAAAUUUAUUACGCAAAAGGGUGGCUUACAUUUGAAAAAUGUGCAUAAAAAAUCUGAAUUGUAUCUACUAGAUGGAGGCGAUUUAGAUGUGACCGGGUUUCAUGGUACUUUAAAUGCAACCACCAACGGCGGUACACUUAAUUUUCAAUUGACCGAAAUGUACGGUGAAAGUCGAAUCGAAGCGCAGAACCCAAAUCAAUUCAAUAUCAACAUAUCGGAAUUUGUUGAGCAACACUCAUGUCUGCAAAUCAAUGCCAAUCAAAUUACGCUCGAUACGACAUUGGAAUAUUUGGAAAAAAGCCAAAAAGAUGAUGGCAGUGGUGAAGAAUUGCAAACAGGCAAUCGUGACAUUAACGACGAUCAAUUGAUAAUUCGAACGAACGGAAAUUUAAAAUUAGGCAAAUUAUCAUGGAUGGAUACAAUGAAAUUGAAAAUGACCGCUACACAAAAACCAGACACCAAGUAAAUUAUGUUUAAAUGUGUGUGUGUUUGUUUGCGCCCUGUGUUGCACGUGAAAAACUAGCAAAAAUAUUGUUCUGUACUUUAGGCGUAAGUAUUUCUCUGUUGACAGUAGUUCGCACUGUGUGCGUGUAUGUAGAAUACCAUCAACAAUGCGCUUUACCGCGACUGACAGUAGUCUCACACAUACCGUAGCAAACAACUCACAAUACUCGACGUGUUAAUGUAAAAUCAAACGGAGAAAAGUGCAAAAUAAAAAUAAAAAAAUUGUUGUUGCAAUUUUAGCGAGAAAAUA